GGGCGCUUUUAUUUUGAAAAGCCGGCAGGUUUACGGACGCGGCUGCCGUAAAGAACUCUGUUUCGCAUUUCGAUAAAUAAUUCACCUUCCUGGUUUGAAGACGACCUCGCCAGGAGUAAAUUGAAGUGUACCAUCUGAAGCAGAAUACAGAGACUGUGAGUGGCUCAUCAGGCAGUCUCCCUAUGUCAGGCCGAAACGGGUCUGCUAGUGAUGCAGACUGCCGGAUCUCUGAGGACUGCCAUGUCCCAGAUGUUGAGCUGAUGGAGCUAGGGCCGCUGCUGGAGGAGGGAGGAGGGCGGCAGGCAGCAUCUAAGGGCAUCCAUCCAGAGGGAGCCACGAUGCUUGCUGAAGAGGAGGAGGAUGACGAUGAGGUGGGAGAAGUUCUGACUUUACCACUUCAGGCUCACCACGCCAUGGAGAAGAUGGAAGAGUUUGUACACAAGGUCUGGGAGGGGCGCUGGAGGGUCAUCCCUUUUCAUGUCCUGCCUGAGUGGCUGAAGGACAACGAUUACCUCCUGCAUGGCCAUCGACCCCCGAUGCCCUCCUUCCGGGCCUGUUUUGGAAGCAUCUUUAGAAUUCACACUGAGACAGGAAACAUCUGGACUCACCUGUUAGGGUUGAUCUUAUUCCUCUGUCUGGGCACGUUAACCAUGUUGCGGCCCAACAUGUAUUUUAUGGCCCCACUGCAAGAGAAAGUUGUGUUUGGGAUGUUCUUCCUGGGAGCUGUGCUCUGCCUCAGCUUCUCCUGGCUCUUUCAUACCGUCUACUGCCACUCUGAGAAAGUGUCACGCACAUUCUCCAAGCUUGACUACUCGGGCAUUGCACUCCUAAUCAUGGGCUCCUUCGUGCCCUGGCUGUACUACUCGUUCUAUUGUUCCCCUCAGCCUCGACUUAUCUACCUCACCAUUGUAUGUGUCCUCGGCAUUGCCGCCAUCAUAGUUGCCCAGUGGGACCGAUUCUCGACACCUCGUCACAGACCUACAAGAGCAGGCGUGUUCAUGGGUCUUGGACUAAGCGGCAUUGUUCCUACCAUGCACUUCACCAUCGAGGAGGGCUUUGUGAAAGCCACCACAGUCGGACAGAUGGGUUGGUUCUACCUGAUGGGUGCCAUGUACAUCACUGGUGCUGGUCUGUAUGCAGCCAGGAUCCCUGAGCGCUAUUUUCCUGGCAAGUGCGACAUCUGGUUCCAUUCUCAUCAGAUUUUUCAUGUUCUGGUCGUGGCAGCAGCGUUCAUCCAUUUCUACGGGGUUUCCAACUUGCAGGAGUUCCGCUAUGGCCUCGAGGGAGGAUGCACAGAUGACUCUCUACUCUGAGAGACCAGACUGUGACUUACUUAUACUAUUCUUUAUAGCCCUACAUACAUACACACACACACACACACACAUUCACACUCAAAAUGCUGCUGGAAUUCAAUAUAGUCACUUUUUGCCCCUUCUGUACCUCUGGUUUGCUAACAUCUUGUUUGGGUUUUAGUGAUCUUUCUGCUUUUGGCUCUUUUUUGCUCCAAUAAAGUAGCAUUAACUAGCCAAUGAACUCUGGAGGGAACAGGCACUACUUGUUACAGUGAUAAAUAUGAAGCUUGAACUCAGCAUUUUCAGCUAUGAUUAAAAAAAACAACAGGAUUUUAACCAAAAUAUGUAUUCCUGAAAAAGAUAGUCUCUUCUUAGAAGCUCACGAGUACCCCAACAUCUUCAUCGUCUGUUACUGUUGCACAAAGGGUACAGAGGGUAUUAUUUGUGCUGUAGCAGAAGGCACAUACUGUAAAUCAUUCCCUUUCACCCUCCCAGUUUCCAUGCAGGUUAGAGAAUGAAUGUACUGUCCACCAGGAGUUUGGUGUCGAGCAGUCCGGGACCAUUUAGGUGCUUUGGAACUUACAGUACACACACAUUUGUAUGAGGAUGAUGAACAUAUACAAAUGUGUGUUUGGAUGCCACCAGGUGUUUUUGUAUUAAACUGUAUUGACACUGAUUGUUCAUCUUUCUGUUACAACACUGAGGACCACCACAAAUCCACAUCAGCCCGAUCAGCAAUAAACCAUAAGCUGUAUCCUGAAAGUCCAUUCAACACCAAAAUCUGCAAUUGUUUUUGGGUGACUUUGUAAACUGUGUACAAGGAUUACAUGUGGAAAACGGCCUCUGGGCUAUUUUACAAUACAUUUACAGCAAUUUAUAUUCAUGUGCACUCCUAAAACAAACAAUAAAUACAUCUUUUUAAACAAACAUAUAGCUUAGGUCCCAUAAAUAUGAUCUACAUGUAUCUAAAUUAAAGCUAAAAAAUGUAAUGGGGUGGGGAUAUUCUCAGUUUCUUUGAAUUUUAUGCUGAAUUUCAUAGAAAUUCCCUUGCAUUUGAUGCAUUAUUUGAACUGACAAAAGUUCUAAACUGAGCAUUUUCAAAUUGUUUAAUGGCACAGAAAAUUUGUAAAAGUUUGUGACUGUUGCGGAAAAAUAUCUCGGCUUAGUUCAGGUUAGACUAAGAUGCUUACAAUGCUGAAGUGACAAGAAGUACCCUGUCAUCAUUUACAGUCAGACAACACAUCACUGAUUCAUUUCUGAGUAAUAGUUCCUGGGCUACGCACAAUGUACAGAUCUGGAUCCAUUAAACUGCGUUUUGGUCAGCUAGAGAUUUUCUUUUGUGCUAGAUUUCUGAUGCAAUGAGAGGUGUAAAUAUCAAAGCACCUUAGUGUAUACUAUUAAAUUGAAAACUUUAAAUCACCAUAUGAGGUUUAAAAUGUGUUCUGUAUGAUUGAUAUAAACUUUUAGUAUUCCUGUGCCUUAGGCCAAUGGAAAUGUUUUUAAAGAAAACGGCCUAUCUUAACCGUCAAGGGAGCGUCAAGGAUUUCCAGAUGUUGACUUUUCUUGUUUUCCUUGCCAUAUAUAUAUUUAAACACACACACAAUCAAAUCAUUAUUGAUCUUACAAUUCCAUUGAUAGGUUGUAUGAACUGCUGUUUAAGACUCCUUUUUCUAGAUGAACUUAUUCAAGCUUUAUUACAAAGACUAAAAUGAUGUGUAUUCUUGACUUUGUGUAAUGUCCUGUGUAGAAAGUGAUAAAUCAUACAUUUCACUGAAAUGUAAACCUAAAUAUUUAUUAAUGGUAAUCUUGGAAAAUUAUUGUAAUAAAUUUUUUUCCACAUGUACAAA